UUUUUGUGCAGAAACCAUUUCAAGUUACUGGGUGCCCAAGAGCAAGAGCCCAUGUCAGCACAGAGAUGUCUUAAUCUAAAACGACAACAUUUGCGAUCAUAGGGGAUGCUCAAACAGCAACAGCCUGUGUGGCUUAGAAACAGCUCGCUUAACCGUUGCAACAACAACAAUUAGCGAUUAGUGAGGGCUGGCAGAGGGAUAGCCGAAGGAAAAAGGGCGAGGAAACGGGAGGGGUUAGGAAUAGGAUGGGAUAGGGCAGAUUGGGAUGGAGAAUGAUGGAAUGGCAUUUACAAAAUGAAGACAUUUCCUAAUUCCAAUUAUUGAGCUAGAAAAUAGCACGAUGAAGCAGCCGUUCAGAAUUCGGGUUAAUGACAAGACGUCACCCUCAUAAACUAACUGCCUAAGUCCUUUUUCAGAGAUUUUUAUAUUUUUGCGUAAAUCACAUCUCCAACAUGUGGCGCAAAUACUGAUAUAAAUGCCCAUGUCAUAUCUAGAUAAUAAGUGGUAUAAAAUUCCUCGUAAAUUUUCUGCCUAUAUCACAAGAUGACUUAGGCAUUAUUGUCUGUAUGCCUAAGUCAUGAUUAUGACUUAGGCAAAAAAAUAAUUAUUUCAUAAACCAAACAAGCAGUACUUAAUCAUUUUGUUAUAGUAUACCCUUAAAUUAUAUUUUCUUUUAUUGGAUAUUUAUUCAUUUUCUGUAAUUAAUAACCCCUGCUGCUGUUGUAAACAAAAGACACAAGCCAUGGGCCAUGCCUUAAGUGAGUGUUGCCGUGUGAAUUUUGUGUGUUUAUCAGUUCUACUCUGAUAGAUAAUGUGCAAGACAACUACGCUUGCAUAGUGUGUCAAGUAGAGAACUGAGUAAGAGAACCUAGAAUGGAGAAAAUAAGGAGAAACUUGAAUGAAGCUGCAUAUGUUGAUGAUGCCUCAGAUCGUGACCCACACUACCGCCCACAUGAUAGUGAUUUCUCAAGCUCUGGAACUGCUGUAGCUGAAGACAAUCCAUGUAUGUUGAAGAAUUUAGAGCCCGAAAGGAAUACUGGCAUUGGUGAGAAGAUGGUGGUGGAUAACGUAAAGAGGCAGAAGCGACCACAUAAAGAAAAAUGGAAGCAAAAUAUUAUGAAGGAGAAGCGGUUGAGGGGUGAGCAGCACAAGAGGAAAACUGGGGAAGAUGUUCCAGCUGCUGAGAUGGGACCUCCAUGUCAAUCUACUUUUUGUCUGAAAGCCAAAACCCAUAACUGUCAAAUAAUAAACGAAGAACAAUGAAGGCACAUAUUCCAUAAAUUUUGGGCACUAAACACUUGGGUGGAACGUAGUUUAUAUUCGAGCCCUAAUAUCAAAAAAAGAAAUAAAGCAGAAGAAAAUAGCACAAGGAUCAAGGAGGCAGCCAUCCUAUGCCUACAAUCUAAAACUUCCUGAUGGAUCAUCACAUCAAGUCUGCAAACUACUCUUUGCUUCAACUUUUGGUAUCCCUGCAAGAACUAUCAUGUCGUGGCUGAAGGAUAAUAAGGAUAAAAGGACUGCAUACACUUCAAUUGCCAACCCAUCAGGAACCUGUGCAUCAGGCCAACGUGGUCCCAAAAGUGGAAAAUCUGCUAAAGUGAAUGAUUCUGAUAAUGAAUUCCUCACAAACUGGUUAAAUGCAUUGCCCACUGUAGACUCACAUUACUGCAGGAACACACCAACAUACAGAGAUAAAAAGUUCUUGUAUCCAGGGACCACUAUUGCAAACCUUCAUCGGGAAUACAAAAUGGAUGCUGAAAAAGGAGUAAGAGCUGUUGAAGUCACCCACUUCAGUAAUAAAUUCCAGGAGGAAAUGUUUUCUGUAUUUGUACCCCGAAAAGAUCGCUGUGAUACAUAUGAAUCAUUCAAAUAUGGCAACAUUACUAAGGAUGAGUAUGACAAACACAUUAAGCUCAAAGAUGAAGCCAGAAAGGAGGAGGAGCAAGAUAAGGAGUCUGCUAGUGUCAAUAAGUCUGUUUGGACUAUGGAUCUGCAGGCUUUUCUCUUGUGCCCAAAGACCAUGGCAAGUAGCAUGUACUAUAAAACGAAGCUACAGGUGCAUAACUUUACCCUGUAUAAUCUUCAUUCUAAGAAUGGUUACUGCUACCUCUGGAAUGAAACAGAGGGUGACUUGAGAAGUGAAGUUUUUGCGUAUCUGCAGUACCAUCAUUUUGAGAAGAUAAUUUUAGAUAACUCAAAUUUGCAAGAACUUGUGAUUUGGAGUGAUGGAUACGGCUACCAGAACAGAAGCAUAACUAUUGCCAAUGCUUAUUCUGCUUUAGCUAGAAAAUAUGGCAUCAACAUCAUUCAGAAGUAUCUCAUUGCUGGUCACACACAGAUGGAAUGUGACUCCAUGCAUAGCACCAUUGAACGUAAGAUGGUUAAUGAUGUCUUCACUGAGCGUGACUAAGCAGUACUCAUCCAGUGUGCUAGGAUCAAACCAUCACCAUACACAGUCAAACAAAUGAAACACCAAGACUUCAUGAUGAUGGAUAAUACACACUUCAUAAGUAUCAGACCAGGGAAAAAGAAAGGAGACCCAAUGGAUCAUGAUCUGCGUGGGUUGAUGUACCAAAGCGAUGGAAAAGUAAAGUACAAGUUAUCAUUCAGCAUUCACUCGACCUGGGAGGACUUGCCAUAUCGGGUUCAUGACAAUGAAAUUAAGUGGAUCCGACUAUUUUCAUCAAGACUCCCUAUCAAAAUGAGAAAAUUUAAUGAUUUGUAGUCCAUGAAAGCAGUAAUGCCAACUGACUGCUAUAACUUCUUUGAUUCUUUACCUCAUGAGUAAUUAAAUAAUAAUUGUGCACAAUAAAUAUUUUGAGAAACAUUAACCUUUAAAAACUUGGAAUCCCCAUUUACAAUGUCUGGUAUUAAUUAAAUUUCUGCUUAUAUAAGAGGAUUGAUAAGAAAUUCUCAGAGGCUUCCCGGAUUUUAAAGAUUAGACUACAGCAGGAAUAUACUUCAUUUUUAAUAUUAAAUCAUUUUUUUCUUUAAAGAAGAUCAGUAUUAUUU